AUGAGCGAGGAACAUUACCUGGAGCUGUGUGAGAACCCGGUGCAGUUUGAACAUGCCUCGAGCGUCAACAACGUCUUCUUUGACGAGGCUAACAAACAGGUGUUCGCCGUGCGUUCAGGUGGAGCCACGGGGGUGGUGGUCAAAGGCCCGGACGACAAGAGCAGCGUUGCCUUCAGAAUGGACGAUAAAGGAGAAGUGAAGUGCAUCAAGUUCUCCAUCGGAAAUAAGAUCUUGGCAGUUCAGAGGACUUCGAAAUCUGUGGACUUCAUCAACUUCAUACCCGACUAUCCACACACUGAGUUCACCCAGGAAUGCAAGACGAAGAACGCGAGUGUUUUGGGUUUCUGUUGGACCAGCUGGAACGAGAUCGUCUUCAUCACGGACCAGGGAAUCGAGUUCUACCAGGUGUGUGUGUGUGUGUGUGUGUGUGUGUGUGUGUGUUGUGUUGUGUUGUGUUUUUGGACCCAGAGCCCGUGGGGCCCCGUGGCCCCCCCCCCUGCAGCCUGCUCCCUGGCCGACGUGAUGAGCGAACAGCUGGCCAAUCAGCUGGAGGAGGAGGACAGCCACUUCCUGUCUCUCUCUGACCCCGGAGCAGACCUCUUGCUGUCAGACGAUGUCUCCGAGACGACCAGCGACCUGAUGCUCGCCCAGAUGUUGCAGAUGCAGUUUGACCGCGAGUUCGACGAUCAGCUCCGCCGGGAGGAGAAGAAGUUCAACGGAGAAAGCAAAGUGUCCAUCUCCUUUGAGAACUACCGCAUGGUCCACCCGUAUGAAGACAGCGACAGCUCAGAGGACGAGGUGGACUGGCAGGACACGAGACACGACCCCUACAGAGCUGAAAAGCCCCAGACUACGCCGAGGAAGGGCUUCACCGGGAAGGGCAAGAACAUCACCACCAAACAUGACGAGGUGACCUGCGGACGCAAGAACACGGCGCGCAUGGACAACUUUGCCCCGGAGGUGCACGUGGGGGACGGGCUGGGGAUGGACCUGAAGCUGUCCAACCAGGUGUUCAACUCCCUGAAGCAGCACUGCUACAGCGAGCAGAGACGCAGCGCCCGGCUGCACGACAAGAAGGAGCACUCCACCGCCGAACAAGCCGUGGACCCCCGCACUCGCCUGCUGAUGUACAAAAUGGUGAACGCCGGCGUGCUGGAGAACAUCAACGGCUGCAUCAGCACCGGGAAGGAGUCGGUGGUGUUCCACGCUGACGGAGGCAGGUGGGUGGAGGUCAGGAGGUCCCCGGAGACACUCUCCGCUCUCGUCCACACGCAGGGUCCAAAGUUAACUUAGAGCUA